AUUGGCGCUGCGAUUCAGCAAAUGCAGCACAUUGUCGUAAUGGACAAGGGAGAUGCUGGCAUCUGGACGGCACUUGGCGACGCGUACAAAAGGCGAGGCAAUUAUCAGAGUGCUAUCAAAGCGUAUCAGGAAGCCAUGCAGCUUAAUCCCAAUGAUGAUGUUGCUCGAAUUCAGGCACUGUUUUGGCUUUAG